AUGAGAGAGUGCAUUUCGAUCCACAUCGGACAGGCCGGUAUUCAGGUCGGCAACGCUUGCUGGGAGCUCUACUGCCUCGAGCAUGGCAUUCAGCCGGAUGGACAAAUGCCAAGUGAUACCACUGUUGGUGGCGGUGAUGAUGCCUUCAACACAUUCUUCAGCGAAACUGGUGCUGGCAAACACGUUCCUCGUGCAGUGUUUGUGGACCUUGAGCCAACUGUGAUUGAUGAGGUGCGCACUGGAACAUACCGUCAGCUUUUCCACCCUGAGCAGCUCAUCAGUGGCAAAGAGGAUGCUGCCAACAACUUUGCCAGAGGUCAUUACACCAUUGGCAAAGAGAUUGUGGAUCUCUGCCUUGAUAGGAUCCGCAAGCUGGCAGAUAACUGCACUGGGCUACAGGGAUUCUUGGUUUUCCACGCUGUUGGUGGCGGCACUGGAUCUGGGCUUGGAUCCCUUCUCCUGGAGAGGCUCUCGGUUGACUAUGGAAAGAAAUCAAAGCUGGGCUUCACCAUUUACCCUUCGCCUCAGGUGUCGACUGCUGUUGUUGAGCCUUACAACUCUGUCCUCUCGACCCAUUCUCUGCUGGAGCACACUGAUGUCGCUGUCCUUCUCGACAAUGAGGCUAUCUAUGACAUCUGCCGCAAAUCUCUUGACAUUGAGAGGCCCACCUACACUAACCUUAACAGGCUCAUUUCUCAGGUAAUUUCGUCUUUGACAGCCUCCCUGAGGUUUGACGGCGCCCUGAAUGUGGAUGUGAACGAGUUCCAGACGAACUUGGUCCCAUACCCGAGGAUCCACUUCAUGCUCUCGUCAUAUGCUCCUGUCAUCUCAGCCGAGAAGGCCUACCACGAGCAGCUGUCUGUUGCUGAGAUCACCAACACUGCCUUUGAGCCUUCAUCCAUGAUGGUCAAGUGUGAUCCUCGCCAUGGCAAAUACAUGGCCUGCUGCCUCAUGUACAGAGGUGAUGUGGUCCCCAAAGAUGUGAAUGCAGCUGUGGCCACCAUCAAAACCAAACGCACCAUUCAGUUUGUCGAUUGGUGCCCGACUGGGUUCAAGUGCGGUAUCAACUACCAGCCCCCAACUGUGGUCCCUGGUGGUGACCUGGCCAAGGUGCAGAGGGCUGUAUGCAUGAUCUCCAACUCAACCAGUGUGGCUGAGGUGUUCUCGAGGAUUGACCACAAGUUUGACCUGAUGUAUGCGAAGAGGGCCUUUGUGCAUUGGUACGUGGGUGAGGGCAUGGAGGAAGGGGAGUUCUCGGAGGCCAGGGAGGACUUGGCUGCGCUUGAGAAGGAUUAUGAGGAGGUUGGUGCUGAGAGUGCUGAGGGUGAUGAGGACGAGGAUGAGGGCUAUUGA